GACGUUGUACAAAACAAACCACCUAGCGACGUAGACGGCAUUUUAGCCACCACACGAAUUUAGUUAUCAUUUCGUCGUCUUCCCGUUUGGGGGUGUUGCAUGUCUAACAGUUUGUCACUGCGCGCUUUUUGAAACUUUUGCCGGUCGCGUGCUCGUGUGCAGACAUCAAACAAGAAAGAAAUGAAAAUUGUGAACCAAAACAGUGCGAAUAAAUGGUGAAAAUAUAGUGCCAAAGUAUGUUUGUAUGUGUCUGUGGUUUAUGUGAAUUCAAAUUGUUAAUAAAUGUGCGCAAUUGUAAGCGUCACGAACAAAAUGCAUUUCUACACUGUGAAAAUUAGUGUACAUGAAACACUAAAGAGACAUUAAAAACGAAAAUGUGUAAACCAUUUCAAUAGCACAAGAACUGUAAAAAUAUAAAUCAUAUGUUGCCCAAAAGUACCUUAGCAAGGCUUUUACGCUGUAGAUAGCAUUUUAUGCCGGUCUGUGGGUUGCUCGUAGUGGUGUAUUUUCGGUGCAAGGCUUACAUACAAUCGUAUCCCUGCAAGCGUAGUGAAGUGUAGUAGCGGCAUGUGGAGCGGUUUCGAUCGUUGCAGUUCCCGUGGCGUCGAUAUUCAAAGCACCAACAAUGCUGGGAGUAGCCAACAGGAGACUCUGGCCGAAAUUGAACACAUAUCAACGAUAGCCGGCUCGCUGGUAUCAAUUGCUUCCAUAUCACAUACACACACACAAGUACGUUAUCAAUGUACAAACGAUGCCGGUUAUGAGACUGAACACACCUCACUCAAUUCGGACUUUGAUGAAGCGGAACUGCGUCGGGAGUUGCUGCGUGAUAAAUGGAAAUUGUUGUUCGAUAUGUUCGAUCCCGAGGGUUUUGGUGAGAUACCAGUUGAUGACUUUGUGAAGGCAUUAAAAUCUCCCGAAUUUUUAUCACAAGUGCCUAUGAAUAAACGUGAAUUGCUACAUGAACGUGCGAAAAAGGCACAACCGCCGAUCGGACCCGGAUAUGUUACCUUCCAGGAUUUCGUCAAUGUGAUGAGUGGCAAGCGUUCUCGCAGCUUUAAAUGUGCAGUUCAUCAUCGCGAUCGAGAAGUUUGUUCCGAAAAUGAUUUCCAUCUUGUUAUAGAGGAUCCGCCGUUCUUCAAGAAAAUGGUACAUGUCGUCGCCAUGGAAAUAUUGCCCGAAGAGCGUGAUCGGAAAUACUACGCCGAUCGCUACUCCUGCUGUCCCCCGCCUUUAUUCAUUGUAUUGAUGACAAUCAUAGAGCUCUGUUUUUUCGCCUAUCACACACUCGUGUUUGGAGAAGCUGAACCUGCCGGUCCAGUUCCGAUCGACUCGUACUUCAUUUACCGUCCGGAUAAGCGUCGUCAAGUGUGGCGCUUUGUAUUCUAUAUGGUAGUACACGCUGGUUGGUUUCAUCUCGGCUUCAAUUUAUGUGUGCAACUGCUUUUCGGUUUGCCAUUAGAGAUGGUACAUGGCUCUGGACGAAUUGCUUGCAUAUACUUUUCUGGUGUGCUCGCUGGAUCACUAGGCACUAGUAUUUUUGAUCCCGAAGUGUGCUUGGUGGGCGCCAGUGGUGGUGUUUACGCACUGUUAGCUGCUCAUUUGGCCAAUGUCAUGCUGAAUUUUCAUCAGAUGCGCUACGGCAUUCUACGACUAAUUAAUAUCCUUGUAUUCGCAUCCUGUGACUUUGGCUUUGCAAUUUACGCCCGAUAUGCCGAAGAAUAUCCACAUAGUCCCUCUGUGUCGUAUGUUGCGCAUUUGACUGGUGCCUUAGCAGGUCUUACGAUCGGCCUGAUUGUACUCAAAAAUUUCGAGCAAAAGCUGCACGAACAGCUUCUGUGGUGGAUCGCCCUUGGAAUUUACACUGCCUACAUCAUAUUUGCAAUAGUCUUUAAUGUGUUGAAUAGCACAGCGGCGUUAAGUCUAGAUGUGGAACCCAUUCAUGCAACUGAAACGUUUUUCAAUGAUUUCCAUGUGUAAUAUAGUUUGUGUUUAUUAUUGCGCUCUGGACACUCUUUUCUAUGGGAGAGAAGUACAUGAGUGAACUGAUUUUCGAAAUAUGUUCACAACAUAAGUUUGUAUGUAUAAAUGUAAUGCUUUGAGCUUUAUGUUAAACGCUUGCAAUGAGCUUGAGUUUUUUUUGUUAUUUUUGCUUUUUUCUUGUUAAGUGAAUGAAUGAAUUUGAAAUUAGUGCUUUUUUUUGAUAAAAAGUUCAACAUUAUGUUUUUGUUUAUUAUAUUGUAAUUUUAUGUUUCUGUUUAUUUUUAUUAAGUUUCGGUUUCAUUUGUUAUUUAAUUGCUAAUAUUAAACGUCAGCGAACAGUAUAAAACAAUUAAGAGGUUUGAGUUGCCUUCAAAAUGUCAAAUACGGCUUAAUUUAGUGUAUUAAUGAGGGAUCUCAUUAGAUCGUGCAAUAAUUUAAGUGUACAUUUAUAGAUUUUUGUCUAAGGGAAAACGCAAUCGAGUCAUUCUCUCUGAAUAAGAAAUUGUAAUAAUGAAAUUUGAAAAGUUUCUAAAUUGCCAGUACAAAAUAGUUACUUCUAUAGAAUAUUAAUGAAAUGUAUGUACGUAAAGCGAUUCAUAUGAUCAUAUGUGCAUAUGUUUUUCUGAACAUAAGAAUAAUAUUUAUUUGCUAAUAUUAAAAAUAUUUUUAAGUCGGAUGAGGUGUAAGCAAUUGGCAUUAUAUAUUAUAUAAGUACAUACAUAAGUAUGUUUUGGAAAAUUGUUGUCAAUUCUGAAAUCUUAUCUUUUUUUCUUAUUUUUUUUCUAUUUUCUUAUUUUAUUUCUUUUUUUUCUUAAUAACCGAAUGUCGGAAAUAAAUUAGUGCACAAUUUGUAUAACUGAUUCUAAAUUUGUAUUUAAUUACCGCUUCAUGUUUGAAAGGAAACAUGAUAUACAUACAUAUAUUGUAUCAUAAGCUGAAAUGUAUCAUUUCAAUGGAAUACAAUAUUGACUAUUACUGCUGCAGACUGUUUCGGUUUUAUUCCCUUGUAGUAAUAGGUAUAAUAGGCUUAGGCGAAGUUAUAAAUAAGUCUAAUUCAUCCAAAUUUUGUAUUUUAUAUCGAACGAUGAAAUACUCCAAUUGCUACUCAAGGCUGCCUUUGCUUUAAUUUUCAUUGAACUACAUUUUUUACAGCUAUCAAAGCACAUUGGUACUUAGAGAUAUGUAAAAAGUACAUUUAAGAUGUACAUAUGUAUGUAAAUAGUAAAUACAUAUAUGAUACUUAUAUGUAUAUAAAAUGUCCCAAUAUGGACAGACACAACACUGCCACUUAAAGAGCUCUAUGUCUCGCAAAUAUAUCAAAUAAAUACAAUUAUUUACUUAAGGAAA